AUGCCUGCACCGCCUCGUCCAGAAAUCAUUGAUGGCGUCAAAACCUUUAUCCCGCUUGAGAACAAUCCCGAUGUCCUCGAAAUUCUCUGUGAGAAUCUUCAGCUCUCAUGGGAUCUCGCCUUUCAUGACGUCUUAUCGACCUCUCCAGACUUCCUUCAAGACAGCCAUUUCCGACCUUGCCACGCCCUUAUUUUUCUCGCGGACCAGUCUAUUUAUCGAGCUGCACGCUCAGCAGUUGAGCCAACGAUAUCAGAGUACAAAGGUUCAGGUCCCAGUGAACCAGUAGUAUGGAUGAAACAGACCAUCGGCCAUGCUUGUGGCUUAAUGGCUCUUCUGCACGUAGUCUUCAAUCUGGAGGGUGGUCGAUAUGUGCGACCCGACACGGCAAUAGACGCACUCCGCCAACAAGCUAUUCUCCUUGGCCCUACAGAGCGAGCACAAUUACUGUAUGACUCUAGUUUUAUUGAGGAGGCACACAUGGAUGCGGCAUCGCGUGGAUCUUCAAAUGUCCCCUCGCCUCGCGACGAUAAUCGACACCAUUUCUUGGCCUUCGUGCAGAAGGAUGGGAAAGUCUGGGAGUUAAAUGGAGGGAUGAAUGGACCUUUACUUCGAGGAGAGCUUGGUGAAGGGGAUGACAUCUUGAGUGAGCGAGGGCUAGAGCUCACUGUUCAGGACUUCUUGACUGCUGCUGAACAGACUGGAUGCAAUGAGAUGAGUAUCGUUGCAGUUACCGGGGCUGGCGCUGUUGCAUAG